UCGUCCAAUUCAUUCCGACAGGACAAGAAAAUGAACUGGGUGCCGACGAACCAAUGGACACGUCUAUGCCUCCGGAGGACCAAUCGGAUGGUAAGGAGGAGGAGCCAAUGGACAUGGACCCAGCUCCUAAGUCACACCCCUCAGCAUCCACCCCAGUAUCCCAGAACUCCCCAGGUUUUGUGUUGGAGAGGACCCUCUCUCUGCCUACCCAGCCUGAGUUCUCUCAUGAUGUAUUUGUCCCAACCCAGAGCCAAGAGGCUGGAAGCAGUAGCAUAGCUCCACAAGAGACGCACAGCAGGAAAGUGACAUCAUCAUCCCAACCCACAGCACUGGAUUCAAGCUCACCCAAGAUGGCCGCUGCACCCACCCAGUCCCAAAGCACCCACAACAACUGACCGAGAACACUCUGUGACUGAUUCUUUCCAACUGGAGCUGUCUGUGAAUACUCAGAGCUGUAGUCUGGCCCAGCAGGCUUCCAUGCAGGCUGGGGGGAAGGAUGUCGAGGAGGACAGUCAGGCUACACAGAUAGAAGAAGGUCUGGACGGACGCCUACAGAUAGACACCAGUGGACUCUGUGAUUUCACGUAACAGCCAGAAGAGGGAAAGUAACGGGGUCCCCUCUGACCCAAAAACACCUGCUAUUUUGCCUAAAGUUCCUCAGGUGCCUGACUUACUGAAGACUAGCGGGGAAAGUACCAGGAGAGAGGAAUGUAACACUUCACAGAAGUCUGACACGCACAAACAGACAACCUUGAAUGUACGCAACAUGAAUAUAGGCGACGAUGGUAUCAAUGUGACCAAAACGGAGAGUUCUCAGAAGCAGGAUGCCAAGGCCUCUUCCCCCUCUCCUUCCUCCCAACAGAAGCUUGAAACCAUAGACUUAUUCACCCCUAGCAGCUGUGUGCAGGAGACGCCUUCUUCCUCGAAUAGCGCUGCCUGUAGUUUAGCCUCCCUGUCUCAGUCUCAAUCCCAGUCUGUUUUCCCACAGAUGUCUCACGUGGGAUCAGUGAAGGCUCUCUCUCCGAGUCCAGGUGUUUGUGUAGACUCCAGAAGAGAUGGAGGAGGAAGGAGAGACAUAGGAGAAGCAGGAGGAGGGGGAAGCCCGACGAGCUCACAGAAAAACAGGGACCCGUCUAAAUCCAUACAGUCUUUAUCGCAGGAGCGUGGAGGCACUGCUACCAACAGCCUAAAGGAGAAAAACAAAGCAGAUGAAGAAGGGAUAGAGGAGGGGGGAGAGAAGCAGCACGACAGCACGUUGGGGCCUGAGGGCUCAGGCCUCUAUCUGUCUCUCUCUCAGAGCCAGGUGCUUUCUCCAGAGCCCAUGGAGGAAGAAGAGGAGGAAAAAAUAGGGAAGUUCCCUGUCUCGCACUCCAGGAGUGAGGGAGGAGUAGGAGAGGAGGAGAGCUGCAGCAGCAUCAUUGUGCUGGAGGAGAGUGAGAGGAGCUCCCAGCUACUGGAGAAGGAAGUUAAGUCGCCGUCUAACAUGGGCACGUCUCAGCCAGUGGCAAGCCGGCGGGGGUCAGUGUCGUCCAAUGGCACAGGGUCACAGCUGAAGGACACCCAGCUGGUACCAAUCGGACUCACCCAGGCUGAUAAGGAAGGGUCUAGGGAAGCAGAGGGGCUCCGAGACAAGAGCCUCAGUGACAGCUCUGGAGAGAUUCCAUUCCACUUCACUCUCCCCAAAGAAGGUGAGCUGAUUGGCCCUCCUGUGAGUGCCACUCCCCCUCUGAUCAGCCAGUUGAAGCAGACACCAAGACACAGCACUCCGAUUGACAUGACUUCCUUCUCUGAGAAGUCCGCGGCGGUGGGUGAUGUUUCCACGGAGACGGCGAUGGCGACCAGUGAAAUCACGGCGGGGGAGAGUGGCGAGGACACGGCCGACGGGGCUGAUGGGAAACUGAGUUUGCGGAUGAAGCUGGUGACCCCUGUGGAGGAGGGCAGCUCAGAACACUUCAGCCUGCAGAAGCCACCGCAAUCAGACGAGGAAGGCUCUGUCUCCAAGGUUACCACCGUUGUCAAGGCUGUAACCAGCCCCCUGCCCAGCCCCUCUGUGUUCAGCAGGGUGAGGGAGGCCCACAGACAGGUGAUGGAGGACCAGGCCGAGGCCCAUCCCAGUGACCCUGGAACCCCUGUCAGAGGGGAACUGUUCAGCUCACCCUCACAGCAGAAAAGCUCCCAAAGACCCUCCAUCCCCUCUCUCUCCCUGGAAUGCAUCAGCCUCCCCAACAGCCAAUCCGAGCCCCUCUCCAGCCCCCGCCAGGAAGUGAAGCAUAUGUUGCCAUUGGGGCUCAGAGAGAAAGAGCCUCCUGCUGAACCAUCCACCCCAGGCCUUCCAGCAGUGAAAACACCACAAAAAGGCACCGCAGCUGGGGAUAGAGAGCCGUGUGGGCCCCCGGAGCCAUCCACCCCCACCAGAGCCGCUGCCAUCAGACAGAGGGCCGUGUCCCAACAGACAAGCUUUGACAACACCAUCUCUCCCAGUUCACCCAGUAAGCUUUGUCAGAGAGUGGCGUUUCAGCAGACCAGCUUUGAAGCGGCUGGCCCCAGGUCUCCAGCAGCCAGCGGCGAGCCAGAGACCCCACCCUCGAGGGCAGCUGCUGGUCCCGCCCAUCGCAGACACGUGCGGACCAUUCAGGAAGUGCGGACGACGGUCACACGCAUCAUCACAGACGUGUACUACGAGGACGGGAGAGAGGUGGACUGUAAGGUCACUGAGGAGUCGGAGGAGCCGGUGGUGGACAGCCGUGUGUUGGAAAGCGACAUCUCUCCAUGUCGCACCGGCAGCUCCAUGACCUCCGGUGACCUGGGUGAUGUCAGCUCUCUGUCCUCCAAAGCUUCCAGCCUGCAGCACAGCUCCGGGGGCACCAGCAUAGUCACGGGUCCUGCCCAGAGGGGCCCCGAGUUUAUCAUGCCGCCCAGCCGAGGGGCCAAGUCUGCCAGCCCCAGGAGGGGGAGUGGGCCACAGCAGAGGGGCCACAGGGGUCAAACGGCAGGGUCAGAGUUCAUGAGAGAGAGAGUUCAAGGACUCCAUGGGUCACGGGCCUUCACCCCAUUGACGCCCCGCGGAAGAGCCAGGAGGGGCAGACCUCCGUCCCGCUCACCCCUGUCCAGGGGUGCCGGGGUCCCUCGUGCCAAUGCCCGCGGCCAACCACUGUCCUCCUCCGAGGAUGAGCCCUACACCCGCCUGUGUCCCACCCCGCACAUCCCAGACAGCCCAGUGGUCCCCAGCCACUCCUCCACAUCUCUCCUCACCACCAUUUCCCAAGAUGAAAGCAGCCCAGCUGGGAGCAGCUUCGUGGGGCUUCGCGUGGUGGCCAAGUGGUCCAGCAAUGGCUACUUCUACUCAGGCCGCAUCACCAAGGACCUGGGCGAGGGGCGUUACCGGCUGCUCUUCGAUGACAGCUAUGAGUGCGAGGUCACGGGCAAGGACAUCCUGCUGUGCGACCCCAUCCCCCUGGACACUGAGGUCACGGCACUGCUGGAGGACGAGUACUUCAGCACAGGUCGAGUGAAGGGCUACAAGAAGGAGGGCAAGGACUUGUUCUACAGUGUGGAGAAGCAGGGCCAGACUACAGCUGUAGAGAGGGAGGGCCAGACUACAGCUGUAGAGAGGGAGGGCCAGACUACAGCUGUAGAGAGGGAGGGCCAGACUACAGCCACUACAGCUGUAGAGAGGCAGUGGUACAGCCGCAGUUCUGUCAUCCUGACCAUGGAGCAAGGCAACAGGCUGAGAGAACAGUACGGCCUGGGACCCUACGAGCCCUCCACACCCCUGGCCAAGGCCUCUGAUAUCAGCCUGGAUAACCUGGUGGAGGGGAAGAGGAGACGCAGGGGGAUCACAGGGGGGGCCAGCCCCCUCACCCCUGGCCCCUCUGGGAAGAGGAAGCUGAUCAGCUCUGAGGACAGGGACAGGACCCCGGCUAAGCGAGGCCGCAGAGGGGGAGCCAGAGCCGGCCAGCGGGUUGGUGUGUGUAACACCUCAGGCAGUGGCACCGACCUGCCCUGGGACCAUAGUGACCUGGCGGAGACUCACGGCCCGCUGCCCCAGAGUGCAUCUCUCUUCCUGGGCUUUGCCUUCAUGCUGACCGCAUCAUCAGAGAGCGACCGCCAGACCAACCAGACAAUCAGCGAUGGCGAGGAGGAGUAUGUGCAGACGGCCCCCUAUCACAAACGCUACACUGAGACCCAGCUGGAGGCCGGAGCGGGCUUCAUCCUCAACGACUUCAACGAGGAACAGUGCAAGGCGGCCUAUCAGAGCCUGCUGAUCACCGACCAGCAUAGCCGAACCAGGAAAGUACUGCUGUGUGUGGCCAGUGGCGUGCCGUGUGUGUCUCACAUCUGGGUGAGGGACUGUUGCAAGGAGGGCAAGCUGCUCAACUACAGGAACUACUGCU